GCGGUGACUGUCAGUGUGGGUUGAAGUGCCGGUCAGCGCUCUGUCUCGUCUUUCUUGACUGUGAUGCUAAAGGAUUUUUGAUAACAUUACAUUACAAAGCGCUUAUUUUCUGUCGUCUGGCCAAAAUGGAGACGUCGUUAAUUGGGAAAGUCGUUGGGAUCCUACUCAUGCUGUCCGUCGCGUGCCACGCCGAGGGCGUGAAGGACUUCCUGUCGGACCUCGAGAGGAGAAUAGAGGCCUUCCCUGAAGCCUCUUCUGUUGAAGAGUCGUCAAGGUCGUCCUCGAUGUCGUCGUCGUCCUCCUCCUCCUCCAUCUCGGCCAGGGCGCCCCAGAUCACCUUCGAAGCCCCUUCCAUCCUGGCGUCCCCGAUAGCUUCCAACCUGGCGAAGCUCAUCUCGAACGCCCUCGGCACCGGUGACGAAGGAACCAAGAAGAAGGAGGACGCUAAGGAGGAACCGAGUGCCCCUCUCGCAGAGAAAAAGGGUGAAGAAGGUGGAGAAGAAGAUGAAGAAGAAGAAGAAGAGAGCGUCCAGGAGGGUGACAGCGACGUGACCACGCCCAUCGAUGUCAGAUUAGACAGCGGCGAAGAGGCUUCUUCCGUCAAUCAGAAUGCGACAGCCAAGAAUUCCUCGCGUACCGACGGCGACAAAUUGGAUUAUGUGCCAGCGUCUGCCGAACAGUUCGGAGAACUAGGCACUGGGUCGAAGCUGAUGGAGUACCUUCCAGACUUCUCGCAGAUGUCCAUCGAGACGAACGACCUGGCUGGAAUCGCCGGGGUCGGACUGGCCGGGCUGAUGGCCAUGACGGCCAUAUUCGCAGUUCCGGUGGCUCCCGUCAUUCUCAGACGAACAGGGAACAACGGAUGGGCGGGGCUUCCCUCUCUGAGCGACCUCUUCAGCUGGUGGAGUACUCCAGAACCUUCGGCGGAGGCCUGGGCGGACAAGAACAACCAGGGCUACCAACACCACUACGGGUACGACUACGAUGACUCGGGGAUCUACACCCACAACGGCCAGCAAUAUUACACCUACGACACAACGGGGAGCGCCAGCGACCAGGCAGCUGCCUACGCCGAAACAGACACCAACCACCUGCAGCAAUACGCGGCUCCUGAAGAGGAGACCCACGAGUACUACGCGCAUGCGCCGCAGACGGCAUAUGCCCCGCAGCCGGCGUACCAACAGCAGCAACAGCAACAGCAACAGCAACAGCAAGAGCAGCCGCAGCAGCAGCAGGCGCCCCACGAGGCAUACAACGUCCGGCAGAGGAACAGGAGGCCUGCGACGAGUGUGGAUGGCCAUGAAUACGUCACUUUGGAGCAGCUGAACCGCAUCGGGGAGGAAUCAGUCAAGUAUCUGAGCGACCUAGCGAAGGGCUACACCGCUGAUGACUUCUACGCCUACAGAGACAACACAGAAAGCAACGAACUGAAGAGGCGUCGGUUGCAAGCACCGGAGUCCCACCCGGAGGGACGCCACCCUCAAAGACCUCAAUACCAACCGCAACCCAGCUACGUCGAAAGCCAACAGCAUUUCACACAGAGCUACCUGACGGAGGAAAACAAAGAAGGUCCUGAAGGCUUCCCCCAUAAGGAUGUCUUCAGCAUCACUCAGCCCGAUAGCAAGGAGGACGCCAAUUAUGAGACCCGUUCUCCUUACGGUUACUUUUCUUCCUCCAGUGGCAAGGAACACUCUUCCGAACAGCAGCAGCAGGACAGCGGGAGCCAAGCGAUGGAGAAGCAGAUGUUCAAGGUGUCUGAAUUUCCUUACAGCUUCGAGAGGAAGUAGCUGAGCAUGUUACUGUUUUCGUAGUUUUUCAUAUCUGUGUUCGGCCAUGUGGACAGUUAUAAGUCUAAGUCUACAGUUAAUGUAACUUGCGAAUAGCUCGAUACGUAGUAUAGCCUUCGCUUAUGUCUAUAUUUUCUGUAGCUUGGGCGUAGGUCUAUAGCUUGUGUAGCCUAUUUCUGGGCAUAACGUUUACGCUGCUAAAGACUAGGCCUAUGUAUUUUGCAGUCUACAUUUAAUUAAUGUAACCUAAGAAUAGGUAUAUUUUUUAUGUAACCUGUUUCUAGCUCCUACGUUCAUGCUUUCCAUGCAUUUCACAAUAGGUCUACAACCUUAGGACUAGGCUUCCGUACAGUGAGGUUCCUACUACAAACAUAGGACUUACGGAAGACCACCUUAAGGUUUGUCUUUGAAUGUGAGGCAAUUUUGUUCAUAGACGUUCACCAAACUCAUAAAACUUUCUUGUAAUCUCUUAGAUCAGUGACGAUCUUAUAUAACAUUAUGUUCCCUUGUGCAUUCAUCCAAAUUUUAUUCUCUUAAUCAUAUCACAUAUGUAAUUACUAAUUUAUUUAAAUAUUUAUUAUUUUAUUUAUAUACUCAUUUGGCGAAUCAGUCGAGUGUCGAGUACUACAUGGUGCCUAUAUUAUUUUGCGAUGUUCUUUUGUUAUUGAAUUUCAUACCGAACGCUGUCUUAUCAAUUCUAGUUUACGAUAAAAAUGAAAAACUUAACACAAAUUAAAAACAAAUAGAAAUUGCCCCUGCUUAAAAAUAGUUACCAUUAAUUUAUAUAAAUCAAAUUAUAAUUAUUUAUCUAUUAUUUCAAACUCGCUUCUCUAUUUAUUCUUAACUUGUUUCGGUCCUGUACAAUUAUUUAUGUUUUCAGAAAUGCCUAAAACCAUCUUUUGUAAAUAAUUUCAAGUCUGUUUUUAAUGUUAUAUUUUGUUUAAUAAUUUUCUUUUUCUUUAUUGUUGAUUUUCUAUUGUUGAUAGUUGCUUGUUUCUGUAUAUGUUGCCUUUAUUUGUAAAACUCUGUGUAUGUCAAGAAUAGAUUUUGUUUUUAAAUUUUUUUAUUAAUCAUAAUGAUGUGUUAUUAAGGUAAUUAUAGAAUAAUGAAAAAUCGAUCUGAUUUGUUGAUUUUUUUGUUUUUGUUUGGUUUUUGUUUUGAACAAGUUUCCCGUCUACUGAUCUGGACUGUAGUUCUUUAUGCCGACGUCUAAAAUUCUGUUGGCCUUGACGUCUAUAAGCACACAAAUACAGACGCGUGCACGAAAAAAAAUCAUAUAUGCAUCUUUAUACAUGUUCACAUACACUGUAUGUAUAUAUAUUUGUGCGUGUGUGUCUGUAAGUAUAAUUAUGAUUACCAUAAUGCCUUUCCUCUUAACUUCUCGAAUUCUUCACUCUUUUUGGAUACGCUUGUCACUGAAUAGCCUUAGAACCAAAUGCAAGAAAUGAAGUAAAUUUGCUUAUCAAAUCCCUUUAAGGACAUCAGACUUACUUCGUGUUCUUGCGUUUGGAUCUAAGACUUUGUAGUGAUAAGUGUUUUUAAAAAGUGGGAAGAAUUCGAGAAGUUUAGAGGGCAAUGUGAUUAUUACAACUGCAUACGUAUUUGGUGAAAUGGGAAAAUAUAAGUAAUGUCCAUAUUGUGAAUGAUAAUUAGCAAAAUAAUUCAAUGUAUACCGAAAAAAGUGAUUUAGUUAUACAAGCGACAUAACGCAUAAGCUAUUAUGUAUCUAACUAGUACAAAUUUUUCAUAGAGCAAUUACGAAUUUGUACAUUUUUUAAUUUUAUUAUCUGAACCGUUUUUCACGAAGUGAAUACGCUGUAAUUUCAAAAAGGAUUAUUUAUUCAUUUGCAAAUCAUAAAGUUGGUGUAGCAAUGACUCCGUGAGUAAUAUAGAAUUUUUGAGCUUUGAACGAACUCUGUUGCUAUUUAUUUAUUGUAAAAUGUUCUUAGUUAAGUAAUUUAUUGUUAUUUAUAACUCUAUUCUUUGUUAUAUGCAAACACUGUGUUGCAAAUAAAGAUAUCGUGAAGAA